AUUAAGUAUCUUUUGAUACUUUUCGAAUUCUUGUUAUUGCAUAGUAUGCAUAUUUGAAACAGAUUUAUUACAGAGGCCAAUAAGCUUCUAAAAAUGCCUGGAUAUUUGAAGUACAUCGAAGCUGAAAACUUCAAAUCCUACAAAGGGCUGCAGAAGAUCGGUCCUUUCAAAAAAUUUACAGCGAUCAUUGGUCCAAAUGGAUGCGGUAAAUCAAACUUGAUGGAUGCUGUGAGUUUUGUGCUGGGAGAAAAGACAUCUAACCUUAGGGUUAAGAAGCUCAGUGACCUGAUCCAUGGAGCACCCAUUGGACAACCAGCUGCAAAUAAGGCUCAUGUCAUGGCUGUCUAUGCUGAUUCCACAACUGGAAAAGAAACCUUCUUCACAAGAACAAUUCAUGGGGCCUCAUCGGACUACAAAGUUAAUGGAAAGCAUGUGUCUGCUGCCGAAUAUUCAGAGGAGCUGGAAAAGAUUGGAGUCUUGAUUAAAUCCAAAAAUUUCCUGGUGUUUCAAGGAACUGUGGAAAGUAUAGCCAUGAAAAAUGCCAAGGAAAGAACAGCAAUGUUUGAAGAAAUAAGCAGGUCUGGAGAAUUGAAAGAAGAGUAUGACCGAGCCAAAGCAGAAAUGUUGAAAGCUGAGGAAGACACACAGUUUAAUUACCAGAAGAAGAAAGGUAUUGCUGCGGAGAGGAAGGAGGCAAAGAUGGAGAAGGAUGAGGCAGAGAGAUACCAGAAAUUGAAAGACCAAGUGGUUGAGAAACAGUUGGAGCUGCAGCUGUUCAAGCUUUAUCACAAUGAACAAGAAAUUGACAAACUGGAGAAGGAGAUCGGCAGAAAACAACAGUUGGUUGAAAAGGAAAUACGUAAGAGGGAGAAAAUAGAGGAUGAAAUGAGAGAGAAGAAGAAAGAUGUUGGCAAACUGAACCGAGAGCUCACCAAAAUCGAGCAGAUGAUAAAAGAAUCUGAAGUUGAACUGAACAAGAAAAGACCCCUUUACAUUAAGGCUAAGGAGAAGACAUCUCAUAUGAUCAAGAAACUUGAUGGUGCAAAGAAAUCUUUGAAACAAGCCAAGAAAUCACAUGACAACCAUGAAAGAGAGAUCCAAGAGCUGGAGAGUGAACUAGAAGAAGUGGAAAAGAAACGUCAGGAAUUUGAAGAGAGAAUGGAAGAAGAAUCUCAAUCACAGGGCAGAAAUCUUCAGCUGGAAGAGUCACAGGUCAAAGAAUAUCACAGAUUAAAAGAGGAAGCUGGGAAACGUGCUGCAAAAUACCUCCAUGACAUGGAAUCCAUUAAUCGUGAGCAGAAGUCCGACCAGGACCGCUUUGACAACAUACAGCGCAAGAAAAAUGAAUUGACUGCAAAAAUACAGAACAAGGAGCAUGAAAUGGAAGAAAACAAGAAGCGGGUAGAAAAACUGAAUGAAUAUAUCAAGACAAGCAACCAAGCAGUGCUAGAGCAGAAGAAACUAGAGGAAGAAAUGGGUGGGGACGUUGAUACAGCCAACAGGAGAAUACAAGAGAUCAAUGUAGAGCUGGAAUCAGUCAUAGAGCAGCUUGGAGAGGCUAAGGUUGAUAAGCAUGAGUCUUCACGGGCAAUCAGGAAGGCAGAAUUGUUGGAAAAUCUUAAAAGACUUUUUCCAGGAGUCCAUGGUCGUCUGAUUGACUUGUGUGAGCCAAGCCACAAGAAGUACCAGAUCGCCAUCACGAAAGUGUUGGGGAAGUACAUGGAUGCCAUUGUGUGUGAUUCUGAGAAAACGGCAAAAGACUGCAUUCGCUACAUGAAAGAACAAAGGAUUGAGCCCGAGACAUUCCUACCACUUGAUUAUCUCGAAGUGAAGGGCAUUAAUGAGAAGCUCAGGGAUAUCCGUGAACCAAAGAAUGUGAAAUUAGUGUUUGACGUCAUCCGCUACGAUCCCCCAUCCAUCAAGAAAGCACUGUUGUUUGCCUGUGGAAAUGCUCUAGUCUGUGAGUUCGUUGAGGAUGCCAGGAGAGUGGCAUUUGGAGGUCAAGAGAGACACAAGACUGUGGCACUUGAUGGGACACUAUUUCAGAAGUCAGGAGUCAUUUCUGGGGGUGCCAGUGAUUUGAAAGCAAAGGCUAGGAGAUGGGAUGAAAAGAUGUUGAACCAGCUCAAGUCAAAGAAAGAGAAAUUGACAGAGGAAUUGAAGGAGCAAAUGAGGAAAAAGAGAAAAGAAUCAGAGUUGAACACUGUGAGAUCUCAGAUAAAAGGAUUGGAAAAUCGACUGAAGUAUUCCAUAACUGACAGAGACAACACGAUGAACAAGUUCCUCACACAAAAUGAACGGGACUUGACAACUUACCGAACUAAGCUGGUGUCAUUUGCUCCUGGAAUGGCAGAAAUCGAGAAACGCAUGGCACAGCGGGGAGACAAGAUAAAGGAAAUGAAAGAAAAGAUGAACAGGGUAGAGGAUGAAGUGUUUGAGCAUUUUUGUGUUCAAAUAGGAGUAGAAAACAUAAGACAAUUUGAAGAACGUGAGCUGCGUGUCCAGCAGGAAAGGGCCAAGAAACGAUUAGAGUUUGAAAACCAGAAGUUUAGGUUACAGAAUCAGUUGGAGUAUGAGCGUUCCAAGGACACCCUUGCUAAUGUGAAAAAGUGGGAGAAGGCUUUGCAGGAUGAUGAGAAGGAGCUAGAUAAAGUGAAGAAUGAUGAGGCUAGACACAUGAAGGUUAUAGAUGAGCAAAUGCAGAACCAGGAGAGACAAAAGCAGCAACGAAUCACAAUAAAGUCACAGGUAGAUGAUGUAGGAUCGGAGAUUGCGGACAUACAGAAAAGACUGAGUGCGCAGCAAAAGGAGAUUCUCACAGUGCAGAAGCUAGUGACUGCUGCGGAGACAAAGCUAGAACAGAAGAAAGCUGACAGACACAGUCUGCUGAAAUCGUGCAAGAUGGAUGACAUUACGCUGCCUAUGCGUCGGGGCACCAUGGAGGACAUAUCCCAAGAAGGAGAGACAUCGAGCCAGACUGACAGCAGCGGCAUGGAGAUGGACAGUCUCAGUAGCCAGGAUGCCAAGGCUAUCUAUGAGAGAGAAGCUCGUAUUUUGAUAGAUUUCAGCAAUUUGGAUGAUGACCUUAAAGAGCUUGACAGCCCUGAAGACGUGAAGAAGUCACAGGACCAUCUGAAUAAGGCAAUCAAUGACAUGAUCAACACGCUCAACAGAAUCAAUGCUCCAAACAUGAAGGCCAAUGAGAAGCUGGAUGGUGUAAAGGAAAGGUUCCUGUCCACUGCAGAGGAAUUUGAAAGUGCACGAAGACGAGCAAAGAGGGCAAAACAAGCAUUUGAGAAAGUGCGAAAAGAGAGAAAUGACCGUUUUCAGCAGUGUUUUGAACAUGUGUCAACAAGGAUAGAUGAAAUUUACAAGGCAUUGUCCAGGAACCAAGGUGCCCAAGCUUUCCUUGGCCCAGAAAAUCCAGAGGAACCAUAUCUGGAAGGCAUCAACUACAACUGUGUGGCUCCCGGGAAGCGAUUUAGGCCCAUGGACAACUUGUCAGGAGGAGAGAAGACAGUGGCUGCCUUAGCUCUACUCUUUGCCAUUCACAGUUACCAACCAGCGCCGUUCUUUGUGCUAGAUGAGAUUGAUGCUGCUUUAGACAAUACAAAUAUCAGCAAGGUGGCCUCGUACAUCCAGGAGCAGUCAGAAAUAAAUUUCCAGUGUAUCGUCAUUUCUCUGAAAGAGGAGUUCUACAACAGAGCUGAUGCUCUCAUUGGAAUAUAUCCUGAGAUUGGCGAGUGUGUGAUUAGCAACGUGUUGACACUGGACCUGACCUGUUACCCAGACCCAGCCAGGCAGUCAGAGGAGCAGGGGCCAGCUGCCAUGUACAUGCGUUGAUAUUACCAUGGAAUUGCCAGUGAAGGGGAGGGGGAGCUUUCUGUUGGCAGCAAGACUGAACACGUUACAUACCAUAGAAUCAUGGGUUGCUCAGCACACCCAAGAGUUUUUUUUUGUUUUUUUUUAACUUUGCCUGCAUCGUGGUGAAGCCUGUAGUUACUGAAAUACAAGUUCAGUGGAUCAUGCACAGAUCUGUUGUCUUUAAACUUGCGCUAUGAAUUUCAUCUGUACAGGCAUUUUUCUGUGCUCUGCACUCAUACAUUUUUUUUUCUGUUUUGUAAAUUAACUCCAUGGCUUUGUAAAUAGUUUCAUGUAUUAAGUACAUGUAUAAAGUGGGUAUAGGCUAGGUUCUUUUUAAGUGAAGAACUGCUUUGUUAAAGUUGCGAUGAAUCAUUUCAUUUGCAUGUUCAUGUGUUCGUUUUCGCUGUCUUUUAAAUCAUCUAUGACCAUUCUCAUGAGUGUAAGUGCAUGUUCAUUAACAGCAUUAGGAGUAUCUAUUAUAGAUGUUUUACCAGUACAAAAACUUAUAACAGACUGGAGUAUUUAAACCGGCUUUUUAGCAUGUACAUACAAGUUAAAGUAAUAUUUGAUCCACAAUCCUUUAAUAAAUUGUCCAAUUUUUCAGCUGUUACUUUACUGAGUAUCUGUUAUGGUUUUAUUAUAAUUUCAAGUAUCAUGAAACAUAAUUUAUGGUGAGUUUUGAUGCUGAGGAAGGUUUGUUUUAUCAAAAGGAUUUUAGGACAUACACCAUUGUUGUGAGAGUUUAUCUUGGAUGUUGUAUACUAGCUCAUUUUAGGUCAUCCAUCAUGAUGAAUAAAAUGAUAUUCGU